AUGGCAAGCUUUCAUGCAUACGAUUCUUACCAAGAAAAUGAACGCAACGCUGCCACUAAUUUGAAUAGCAAUGAGUAUCAUGAAUUGAUUCAACAAAUUGAUGCAGAAAUUCAAGCCCUUGACGAUCAGCAACGAAUAGAUAAAGAGAACGAACACCAAAUACAAAAACAAAUUACUGAAUUAAAAAAACGCUUCAAAGAAUACGACACUGAAAUUAAAAAUUUGGAAGAAGAAGCUAAACGUUUAAAUAUUGAAAUGGAACGAUUGGAACAAGAAUUAAAUAAUUUAAAAGAUGAACAACAACGUCUACAAAAUGAACAGUUGCUUCGACAACAAGUACGAGAUCGUUUAGAAAAAGAAUUUCGACAAGAAGAACAACGUCUUGAACAAUUAAAACAUCAGCUUCAACAAUUAGAAGAUCAAAAACAACAACUUGAAGAACAGCGUGAACAUCUCGAAGAAUUACGUCAACAAAUAGAACGACAAAUAGAAGAGAUCAAUCGUCAAAUACAACAAAUUGAAAAUCAAAUGCAAGAACUUCAAGCUCAUAUUGAACGCUUACAAGAAGAAAUUCGACAAUUACAACAAGAAAUUCAACGUAUCGAAAGACAAAUUCAAGAAUUACAAACUGAAUUGGCUAAAAUACAACAAAAACUCGAAGAAACCGAACGAAAAUUUCGAGAAUGUCAACAAAAGUUGGAUGAAAUUAAUGCAAAAAUUAAUCAAAUUGAAGAUAUGACUAAACGAAUCCAACAAAUUAUCGAUAUGCAAAAGAUUCGACAGCAAGAAUUUCAGCAAUACAAAAAUCAGUUAAUGCAAGAGUCACAACAAGCUGAACAGUUAGUUGCAAUAACGAAACAAGAACUCGCGACAGUGCGACAGCAAGCAGCCAAAACAACACAACAAAUUAAUCAACUCAAACACA